AUGGCCGCUCAAGUGGUGAAUGUGUACACGACGGCGUCGUCGGCGGAUAAUUUGUCCCGGCACGAGAUGCUCAUGUGGGUCAACGACUGUCUCCAGGCCCAUUUUACGAAGAUUGAGCAGUUGCACACUGGAGCCGGAUAUUGCUUGGUGAGCAGACGUUUUUUGUGAAUUUUUAGACGGAAAACUAACAAUAGGUAGGGCGGCUGCCUUCGCCUGACAAAUUCAGGCGGCCUGCGGUCAACCUACACCACACCUUAAAAAAAAACUCGACAUUUUCCUCAAGUUUUUCAGUUCACCGAUUUCCUUUUCCCGGAAACGAUUCAGUUAAAGAAAGUGAAGUGGAACAGUCGGCUGGAGUUGGAUUGGCUGUCCAACUGGAAGAUUGUGCAGACCGCCUGGAAGAAUCUGGGCGUCGAGAAGGUGAUUCCCGUCGAUCGGCUCAUCAAGGGCAAGUUUCAGGUGAGACCUGUAAUUUCAGAUUAUGAGGAAAAAGCUAGGAUUUCUAAAAAAAAUCUUUUAAAAAAAUACUUUUUUAAAAAUUGCAGGACAACUUUGAAUUUCUGCAAUGGUUCAAGAAGCUUUUCGACGCGAACUACGACGGACACGAGUACGAUCCGGUCGCCGCGCGAAACGGAGAGGAUCUUCCGACGGAGAACGCGGCCGGAGGGGCCACCAAGACGUCCGUCGCCUCGAGAAUGCCCGCCCGUGCUGUCGCCGCGUACGUUAUUGCCAAUACAUUUUGACACUUUCUGGAAAAACGCGCGACUCUAUGCAUCUUCAAUUGCGAGACAAUCAGCUGUUUUUAGCAGACUUGCAACGGGCCGGCCCGCGGCCCGGCCCGGCCCGGCCCAGCCCGGCCCGGCCCGGCCCGGUCGGCCCGGGAGGAUGCACCUAAAAAUUCAAAGCGAACUAGAACUUCGAAACGAACAUAAUUUUAUAGACUUAAAAUUUCAUAGACUUAAAAAGGCAAUGUUAUAGCAUAAAAACCUGUUAAAAAAUAGAAAUUGCUGUUUAAAGUCGCAAAAUUUUCACAAAAAUUACGAAAAUUUUCUCAAGAGUGGGCGGAGCCGGGCCGACCGGGCCGGGCCGGGCCGACGAUUUGCUGGCCCGGGAUUUGGCAAGUCUGGUUUUUAGUAGGUUGAACAGAAAGGUUUCCUUAAAAAAAUCCUAAAAUUACCGUACCGUUCUGUUCAGCCUAAUAACACCUUUUUGUAAAAAAUUUUCUGUAAAAAUAAGCCCUAUUUACAGAAAGCCAGUGACGACGAUCCGAACGCCGGCGGCGGCUGCUCCGGCGGCCCGUCCGACCCCGGCUCGUGCGGCUCCGCGGCCAGCGCCGGCUGCUUCCGCUCCUCCGCCGAAACCCUCAGCGACCGCGGCGCCCGUCCGUUCCGCGUCGACCGUCGCCGCGCCGCCCGGUGUCGAUUUGGCCACGUUCAACAAGCUGAAGGAGGAGUUGGAGGAGGUGCGAAUUGUUUGGAAAUUUCUAUGAAAGCAGUCAGGACACCUAGAAUUUCCCGCUAGAAUGCUGAAAAUCUGAAAAAAAGAAUGGAGCCAAGUGUUUUGCAGGUCACCCGCCAACUGACCGAAUCGGACAAUGUGAUUGCGAGUCUCGAGAAAGAGCGCGACUUUUACUUCAGCAAAUUGCGCACCAUUGAGGUCAUUUGUCAGGACAACGAAUCGAUCGGAAAUGUGGAAGCGGCCCGAGUGCUCGAGGUAACAAAUUUGUGUAAGUUUUUCCUCGAAAUUGUUCAAUUUUUAGGUGCUCUACGAGACGGAGGAAGGCUUUGCACCGCCCGAAGACGAGGUGAACGGAGGACAGCCGGAAGAAUUUUAA